AUGCCGAUAACUGGUGGCGUAGCCGAUUGGUUAUUAGCGUACAUGGACAGAAAACAGCACUCAGCCGAGCUCCAACAAGUGCUGCGCAAUGAAAAUGACAAAAAAUUAUGGUACAAAGAGUCUUCUAUCAUACGGCAAAAGAUAAGACGACUAACCAAGCUUGUUGUACUGAUUUCGUAUUUCGCAGUCUUAAUGUUCUAUUUUUAUGGAAGAUGUGAGAAAAACCGAAAGGAGGUGAAUCGGGCAGACAAUAAGUUAUACGAUAAUAUGAUCUUUAUAUACAGUGUUUAUCUAAUAAAUCAGACAUCAAUCCGGGCAGUUCUUGUUCGUCAGUGCGAUGCGCUCGAUCAGUUGUCCAUCAUUCUUUCAUGGGGCGAUAAAGCGCAGUACAGUGCUCCACUAGUUCAUCAGUCUAUCGACUAUUGCCCUUGGACGUAUUCACCAAAAACCUGA